GAUGACGAUGACGAUCUGGACAUUAUGUCCUUGAAGCAUUGGAAAGUGGAGGAGUUGGAGGCCAUUCUGCAGGAAGGUGCACAGCAAAACGAAAUGCCUGCAGAGGAUGGGGCAGAACAGGAAGAGGUUAGUGGGGGGGAUGGGACCAUGAGGCCAGGGACCGGUGUUGAUAUGUUCGAUCUGCUGGCAGCAGUCCAGCCGCACCCCUCUCUGGUUGCAGAAAUGGAGGACAUUACGCUUGAGCCUCCGACCCAGGCGCAGAUGGACGAGCUUCAGGCUUUAACACAAGGACUUGCACACCAGGAUAGAAUGCGGGCACAGGAUGGGGCUCAGGAGGAAGAGGUAGAGCAGCCAAGGCGUAAAUCAAUAUGUCACAAGGAGUUACGUAGCGCCUCCAAAGCUCUGGGGGACAAGGGAAGGCCGGUGGCCGGGGCGGCGGUGCUUGCAGGCAGUCCAGCUGCAGCUGGCGGCACUGGGAAGGAGAAGGCACAAGGAGGUGCUAGCAGCAAGGCCGCGGUUGGGAAGCAUGCAACGACCGCGGCGGAGAAGAAGCGCAGUGGGGUAAAGGGCGCAAACCUCAAGGCAGCGGCAAGCGGCAAGGGAAAGGCACCGGACAGUCAGACUACGCAGGCUGGCAAAGGCUCUAAGCGUAAGGCGCCGGAAGGUGCUGCCUCUGGCAAUCCCCAACCAGAGAAGAAGACGCGUCGGUACAGGCCGGGAACCCUAGCUCUUAGGGAGAUCCGCAAGUACCAGAAGAGCACGGACCCGCUCAUCCCGCGACUCUCGUUCGCUCGUCUCGUGCGCGAGCUAUGCGAUGCAGAGACUGCCCGACGGCCUGGUACCGACGAAGACGGCAAGUUUAGGUAUGCAAUUCCACCUGGCUUGGAAUGCCUAAGUGUUGAUACGGCAUGA